UCGUUGUCAUUAUUUGUAAACAAGAAAAAUGGAACUUAAUAAUCAAAAAACUGAUGCUCCCAACAAUCUUAAUAAUAAUAACAAUAAUAACAACAAUAAUUCAACAUCAACGAAUGAAUUUGAUUCUGGAUUCUUUCUUAAUCUUGAUCCAAAAAAACUUUCAUUUUUUUCUUUCAAUGAAAAAAGCUGUAAUAUAAGUAAAAUUGAAGAAAACAAAUUACAACCUAAACAAAGCAUACAGAUCUCAACCAAACGUGAUGAUCUUUAUUAUAAUAUGGAAAAUAAAUAUAAUGGACGUUGUAUUAUUUUAAAUUAUGAAACAUUUGAUUCGGAAGAGCUUAGCCGUCGUCGUGGUACUGAACAGGAUGUUAAAAAAUUAUCACAAACAUUUAGACAGCUUAAUUUUAAUGUUGAAAUGUUCAAUGAUCUCACUCAUCAUAAAACAUUUGAAAUAUUUAAACGAGAAUCAAUGAUGGAUCAUACUAAUUAUAAUUGUUUUGUCGUUUGUAUAUUGACCCAUGGAUCGAAUGGAAUUUUACAUACAAAAGAUAAAAAAUUCGAUACAAAUAAAAUGUUUGAAUUUUUUACUGGCACACAUUGUCCAACAUUGGUUGGUAAACCGAAAUUAUUUUUCAUACAAGCAUGUCAAGGUGAAAUGUUUGAUUCAGGUGUAUUGGUUCAUGAUUCACCAUUAUCAUCACCGAAUUAUUUUAUGGUACCAAAUUAUGCAGAUUUUCUUAUAUUUUACAGUACAUUUCCUGGACAUUAUUCAUGGCGUAAUGUUGAACAUGGUUCAUGGUUUAUUCAAACAUUAUGUGAUGUACUUGAUGAAUUUUCACAAAAAUUUGAUCUUAUGACAUUGUUAACGAUUGUUUGUCAAAAAGUUGCCAUUAAUUAUCAAUCAAAAGUGCCGAAUAAUUAUUCAAUGGAUCGUAAAAAACAGAUGCCUUGUAUUAUGUCAACGUUGACACGUUUGAUUGCAUUUUGAGCGUUUGAAAUUCAAUUUGCAUUCUUCUUCUGACUAAACCUUUUUCCUUCCUUUUUCAAGCAUAAUGAUAGAUUUUUUUUUUCUUUCGAAAACCAAAAUCAAUUUAUCUAAAUUCUAUUUACCUCUGUUCUGUUUCCUACCGAUUUUCAUAAUAAUUAAUUAGCAAAUUAUUCCAAAGAAUUUUUUCAUCAAUUUCGAUUUUUUCAAUAAUAAUUAUUUUUUUUUUGUUU